CACAACCCGGCUCGGGCCCCGCCCGUCCCGCCUGCCCGCCGGUCGGUCCCUGGGCGGCGGCGGCGGCGGCACCGGGCCGGCCGUGCUAGCGGCGGACGGUCGUGCGGCCCGGAGACGCACAGCCGGCGCGAGGGAGGCCCGACCGCGGUCGCGCGUGAGGAGACCACGCGGGCGCCGGGCGCGAGGCCGGCGUGAGGGAGCGCGGAGCAGUGGCCGCGGGCGGCCGGACCCGCCUGUCCUCGCCGCCGCCGGCAUGAGCCACAUCCAGAUCCCGCCGGGGCUCACGGAGCUGCUGCAGGGCUACACGGUGGAGGUGCUGCGGCGGCGGCCGCCCGACCUCGUCGAGUUCGCCAUCGACUACUUCACCCGCGUGCGCGAGGCCCGCGCCCCGGCCGCGGCCGCAGCCCCGGCCUCGGCCCCGGCCCCGGCCCCGGCCCCGGCCCCGGACCCCGGCCCGCCGUCCGCCCGGCCGUCCGCCUCGCAGGAGCUCGAGGAGCUCGGCCCUAGCGUCCCCGAGACGGAGAGCGAGUCCGAGGAGGAAGACGAGGUGGACGUUCCACCCCCUAGUAGAUAUGAUCGGCGAGUAUCAGUUUGCGCUGAGGCCUACAACCCUGAUGACGAAGAGGAGGAUACAGAACCAAGGGUGAUUCAUCCUAAAAGCGAUGAGCAGAGAUGCAGACUUCAGGAAGCUUGCAAAGAUAUUCUCCUUUUCAGAAAUCUUGACCAGGAGCAGCUCUCUGAAAUCCUCGAUGCCAUGUUUGAAAAGAUAGUGAAAGCUGAUGAGCAUGUUAUUGACCAAGGAGAUGACGGAGACAACUUCUAUGUCAUAGAACGGGGAACUUACGAUAUUUUAGUAACAAAAGAUGAUCACACCCGUGCUGUUGGUCAGUAUGACAACCGUGGAAGUUUUGGAGAACUCGCUCUGAUGUAUAACACCCCGCGGGCUGCUACCAUCGUGGCCACUUCCGAGGGCGCCCUGUGGGCGCUGGACCGGGGGACUUUCAGAAGAAUCAUAGUGAAAAACAACGCACAAAAACGGAAGAUGUUCGAAACAUUUCUUGAGUCUGUGCCCCUCCUUAAAUCACUAGAGGUGUCAGAGCGAAUGAAGAUUGUGGAUGUGAUAGGAGAGAAGGCCUAUAAGGACGGAGAGCGCAUCAUCGCUCAGGGUGAAAAGGCCGAUAGCUUUUACAUUAUAGAGUCUGGUGAAGUGAGCAUCUUGAUUAAAAGCAAGACCAAAGUAAACAAGGAGGGUGGCAACCAGGAGGUGGAGAUCGCCCGCUGCCAUAAGGGACAAUACUUUGGAGAGCUUGCCCUGGUGACCAACAAGCCCAGAGCUGCUUCUGCUUAUGCUGUGGGAGACGUCAAAUGCUUAGUUAUGGAUGUGCAAGCGUUCGAGAGGCUGCUGGGGCCCUGCAUGGACAUCAUGAAGAGGAACAUCUCCCACUACGAGGAGCAGCUGGUGAAGAUGUUUGGCUCCAGCCUGGAUCUCAGCGAUCCUGGGCAGUAGGUGUGCCGCCCCGCAGUCUUCUCAGCGUGACACCGAGACCUCCCGUCAGCCACAGGACACACACACGGCAGACGCGACAGAACUGCUGCUGCCGUGGCUGUGGCCACGGGCGUUUAGGAAACUUGGAAGUCAGCACUAAAGGAGGGUAGAGGUCCAACCCCCACCUCCACUUUGCUCUGAAAGCCUAUUGUUAGACUUGUGAUGAGUAUUCCAGCCCAGUUUCACAUCUUUGGUUCCAAACGGCAUGUCUCUCCAACAAUUAAGUGCCUGAUACAAAGUCCAAAGUGUAACGUCUCCCUUUCCUCUCCUGCUGCUGCUGUUGCUCUAGGAAGUUAGCACAGGUCUGCGCAGCCUGUAGCAUAACUGUCCGCAGCCUCGCCCGGCCUUUCUCAAGGGAGGAACACUGCAGCCUUCCAUCUCGUGUGUCCUUUGAGGAGUCCACCUGUGUUCACAAUUGUAGCUUUUGGUUUUACAGUGGGAAAUGCUGGCAGUAAGACGGAGGCCUGUGGUCCUGUGGCAUUGUUCUGUCUGCUGAGAGCUGCACACGUGACAGCUGCCUCCCAACUCGCAGUGAUGCUUAGGGGACGGCCCUGCCCGGGCCCAGCGGGUCAGCACCGAGCACGCUGACCGGUCCUUGGGGCCCAUGUUAGAGCAGAACCUUUGGGUUUGGUACUUUCUUCAGGUAGCAGAGAGGGAAGGUUUUCUGGGUUGGGGAGGGGGAGUUCUUUUAGAUUUUGUUUUGUUUAAUCUCUGUGCAGUUUGCAUGAAUAAAUUGCUGUCCGUUUAUAAGGAGCUGGGGUCUGGAGGUGCCAUCACUUUAUCUGACCCAUCACUUUCCUGGAUAAUUCCUGCCACCCCAGUUGCCAGGUGCCUCUCCUGGCUCGGCAGGGUGCCAGCAAGAGGUGGUACUGCAAAGAGCCUUGCUUUCUGCUCCAGCACCACCUAGCUUCGCUGUUGAACCAUCCAUUUUUAAACUCUUUAAAAGAAGCAGCAGCUAUUUUUUUGAAAUUAAAACAAUAUUUCUCUAUUUAGGAAUUCCCCUUGGAUACAUCCAUAUAUAUCAGUUUGUCAGCUGACUCAGGCUUUUAUUCUAAAGAUCAACUCUUUGUUAGUUUUCAAAACUCGGCAUCGUUUUCAAUUUUAUAGAAUUACUGCGAAGGCCUUUCUAAUUAAGAUAUUAGGAUAUUUGGGGUUCCAGUUGUUGAUCCCAAAGGAAAGUAAUUUAGCUUGUAUUUUAAAACUUUUUAAACCUUUUAAUCAUAUCAGGUAGAAUUCUGAUGAAUUAUCCUAAUUAACUAGAUAUAUUUCAGAAUGAAAUUUUUUCUUCAGAAUGGCUUAAAAACAGAUGUUAGAAGUGAUCCUAAGAGCAGUGUGAAAUUUGCAUUGUAGCCAAGUUUAUAUUAAAUCAAGAGGCCCUUUCCAAUACGAUGUUUUUAAAGCUUGUGUAACUCAGUAAGUCCCUAGGAGGUGACAUGCUGGGGCCUCGUCGUCCCUACUGCGGACGCUGACGGAGCCGCGCGGAGCCUUCCAGGCCACGUGAGCCACGCGCUCUGUUCCCAGGCGGUGCGGUCACGAGAGCCCCGGUGGUGGCUCACAGCCCGGCCGUGCUCCAGGGCUGGAAGCAGCAGGCGCAUUCCCAGCUGCCCUGGCUGCUGCCGCCCUGGGAUCCCGAAAGGUUGCAGCUGAUACCCCAACACAGGAAGCUCGCGUGGGAAGCUGCGUGGUUUUCCUCAUGACCUUUCAUGAUGGCUCUUUUCUGUGGGGCUGCUUUCAUAGCAAAUGAGUUAAGAAAGCGGACCUUGCACUUUAGCUGACAAGAACCACACCACGCCAGUGUCUUGCAAAGGUAGCAGGUACAUCGGGCUUCAGGAGUGACACAGAAGUCUGGCCCCAGACUAUGUCAGGGCUCUGUUAGAACCCUGAGCAGGUGCCCCCUCUGCCUCCCCCCACCCGCCAUGCCAGCAUGAGCCAGGGCACUGUGACCUCCAUGCCAGAGUCACUCCUUCAGGCUGCUAGGGAGGGGCCUUCCCGUCCUGCCCCUUGCCCUUCUAGUGCAGUCUUCCCUUCACAAAAGCCUCUCGGCCCCCGGCUCACUCGUGAUUGGUCAGGGCUAAGUCCCCCUGCUCUAGUCACAGACUGCCACAUGGAUCACCAGCCUAGCCCCUCACUGCAUACAGGGCCCUUAGGGGUCUGGCUUGAAGGAGGGAGACUUUAAAGGGACCAGCGUGAGUGAAAUGGGACAGAGCCAUGACCAAAGUGCCAGGAGCCCGAGUGUCCCAGUCUCAGUGCAGCGUGGGAAUCAGGUGGCAGACAGGCUCAGCCCUGGCUCCGGGGCCCCCACUUGCCUGGCAAGGCCUUCGCUGGUGGUUGAGCCUCAGGGGCAGAGCAUGUGUUGGGAAAUGAUCCCUCUGUUCGUGGGUUUUGGAUGUGGAGAAUGUUCCGAGAGCCUCGAGGUGCAGUGUUAUCCUUCCUUCUGGCCCCGGUGUGUCACCCACUCUCUGAAGGAAGGUCCACGUGUUCCGACCGCCUGCUCGAUGUCCUCACAUGUCAUUGCUAUGGACUCAGAAUCCAGGGCGGAGGUUUGAGCAGUUUAAUGAGCAAAUUGGGCAGAGAAGUGGCAAGAAUGGUCCUCCAGCCGGGAGGUGGUGGUCCUCCUACCACCCGGGUUCUCGCCCCGGCAGAGCACCAGUGAGGGCACAGCAUGGCCAUGUCGUGUCAGUGUACCAACAGCCGUCUCUCCUUUAGAAACAUCGCAAGAGCAUUUCUGCACAGAGAAAAAGACCCAUGAAUGUCACCUUUUAUCUUUUGUUUUCAGUUGGGUUUUUGUUCUUGACACACACUUGUAGACCAGUCUUGCCAAGAUACGAGUCGUUUUGCUCUUUCACCACAGUUACCUCUGACUCCUCCUGCCGUGACUGCUGAGGUUCCCCGACUGUUCUGAUGUCUGUUUUAUGGGUAGCAGCCUCCAUGGGGUUCCUUUUACACACUGUAGGGCUAUCUUUAUACUUAAAAAGGGUUUUUUAAAGAAAACUGUCACUAACCUCCUGGGGGAUUUGCAGAAAACCAUUUCACCCUCCUUGAGCAAAAGGUAGAUUCCUCAUUAUUUUCUUAAAGCUCAUUGUAAUAAAAGAAAUCUAAUUUAGCAUUGUUGUGCUACCUCAAAGGUAAAAAUGUCUUAAAGUCUCUUUUUGGUCCUGAGUCUAUUAUACAUGGUGUUUGAAAUGUCUUUCAAUUGGAAUUAUUUUUAAAUCAUUGGGAAGAAUUUUAUUUUAAACCGUUUUACUCUUGUGUUUUAAUCUUAGAAGAAUAAGUGAUUGGAAGUGAUUGAUUCUUGCUCUAUGGUAUUGAACACAAUUAAAUCAUUUGUUUGCCAUAAACAAGGUUGGGUUUUUAAAAGGAAGCUCUGGGCGUGGCUUGGCUCUUGGUUAAUAAAGGCCGGCAGGUCUGUCUGACUUUCCA